AUGUUCUUUUUCUUCACAUGCGGGACACACACCUUCAACUCGCAGCUCAAGGGUGCUGAGCACAUCACAGUGCAAUGCCAGAACUGCGGCAACUUCUCCGGUAGAGUGAUGAAGCGAUGGGAAUGGUUUACAUUCUGCUUCGUUCCCCUUAUCCCCUUCUCGCUCAAGCCCUACAAGGAAGUCGGCUGCCACAUCUGCAACUUCUGGCAAGACAUCAAGUACCGACCGGACGUGCAGCAACAGAUGGAUGGAGGAGGAGGCGCAGGACAGCCAGCCGUCAUGAUGCAUGGAGGGAACGGACAACACGGGCCGCCCCCAAGUGGCGUGCCACAGUACAAGUGA